GCGUAUUCCCCCCCUCACACCAUUAAGUUCUCUCAACCUACCUUGCUCGAAACGAAUGGGUAGAAGGAGACAGGCUGGCGAGGGGAUAGCGAUGGACGUGCAACCACCCACAGUGUCACUGACGUCUCUGUCAGAGUCCCCGGCAGCCAUUGGAGGAGCAGCCUCAACACGUUCCGCCUCCUCUGGGAUCUACAGAUCAGCAAUGGCUGCUGAGUCUCCUCGCCGCCCAAGCCGAUGUACUGGAGGAGUGGUGGUUCGUCCACAGGCUGUCACCGAACAGUCAUAUAUGGAAAGUGUUGUUACAUUUCUGCAAGAUGUUGUACCACAGGCCUACAGUGGCACAACUCCAACAGAAGAAAAAGAGAAAAUUGUGUGGGUCAGAUUUGAAAAUUCUGAUUUGAAUGAUACCUCAAGGAACGUGGAGUUGCACGAGAUGCACAGCACUGGCAACGAGCCUCCUUUGCUGCUCAUGAUUGGCUACAGUGAUGGGAUACAGAUAUGGAGCAUACCUAUCAGCGGCGAGGCUCAGGAAUUCUACUCUAUCCGACACGGCCCUGUCCGAGCUGCCCGAGUCCUGCCAUCACCGCAGAUUAGUUCUCAGAAGUGCGACAGCUUUGCUGAGAAGAGGCCUCUCCUUGCUGUGUGUAAAAGCCUUGGAUCUUCUGGCACCAGCCCUCCUUACUGUUGCGUAGACCUCCAUUCUUUGCGAACCGGUGAAAUGGUAAAAUCGAUACAAUUCAAAACGCCAAUUUAUGACCUCCACUGCAACACAAGGAUCCUUGUUGUCGUCUUACAGGAGAAAAUUGCUGCGUUUGACAGCUGCACCUUCACCAAAAAGUUCUUUGUCACAAGCUGCUACCCUUGCCCAGGGCCAAACAUGAAUCCCAUAGCUCUAGGAAGCCGGUGGCUGGCUUAUGCAGAAAACAAGCUGAUCCGGUGCCAUCAGUCUCGUGGUGGGGCCUGCGGAGACAACAUUCAGUCGUACACUGCCACAGUCAUCAGCGCAGCCAAAACUAUAAAAACGGGACUCACCAUGGUUGGGAAAGUUGUGACCCAGCUGACAGGCACUCUGCCAUCAGGAGCAACAGAAGAAGAGAUCUUAGCUCACAGCAAUACCAGACGCAGUCCCUUGGUUCCUGGGGUCGUCACCAUUAUCGAUACUGAGACAGUUGGAGAAGGCCAGGUGCUUGUAAGUGAGGACUCAGACAGCGAUGGUAUUGUGGCUCACUUCCCUGCACAUGAGAAGCCCAUCUGUUGUAUGUCUUUCAAUCCUAGUGGCAUGCUCCUGGUCACAACAGACACAUUGGGCCAUGAUUUCCACGUUUUCCAAAUUCUGACCCACCCCUGGUCAUCUUCGCAAAGUGCCGUUCAUCAUUUGUACACGUUACACCGUGGGGAGACUGAAGCCAAAGUGCAAGACAUUUCCUUCAGCCACGACUGCCGCUGGGUGGUGGUCAGCACUCUUCGGGGUACAUCCCAUGUCUUCCCCAUCAAUCCAUAUGGAGGGCAACCCUGUGUCCGCACACACAUGUCACCACGGGUCGUCAACCGCAUGAGCCGCUUCCAGAAGAGCGCAGGGCUGGAGGAGAUUGAGCAGGAGCUGACGACCAAGCAAGGAGGCCGCUGUAGUCCUGUCCCGGGGCUGUCGAGUAGCCCGUCUGGUUCCCCGCUUCAUGGUAAAUUGAACAGUCAAGACACCUACAACAAUUUCACCAACAAUAAUCCCGGCAAUCCUCGCCUCUCCCCACUUCCAAGCCUGACUGUGGUGGUCCCCCUUGCUCAAAUCAAGCAACCCAUGACUUUAGGAACCAUCACCAAACGUACAGGACCUUACCUGUUUGGAGCAGGAUGUUUUUCCAUUAAAGCUCCGUGCAAAAGCAAGCCAGCUCCACAAAUUUCACCCAGCAAAUCUGUGGGAGGAGAAUUCUGCGUCGCUGCCGUCUUUGGGUCAUCAAGGUCAUGGUUCGCAAGCAACCCAGGUCUUAAAAGAGAGAAAGAUCAGUCCAAACAGUUCGUUGUGGAGUCUCUGUACAUUAUCAGCUGCUACGGCACUUUGGUGGAGCACGUCUUAGAGCCCCGGCCACUCAUCACCGCCCCAAAGAUCAGCGAUGACACCCCACUGGAAAUGGUGACUUGUCCAAGGGCCAGCUGGACACUUGUUAGAACUCCCCAGUGGAAUGAACUGCAGCCGCCCUUUAACUUGAAUCAUCCGCUGCUCCUGGCCGCAGAUUCUGUGCAGUGCUACCAAUAUCUGCUUGUUGGCUUGGUUCCACUAGGAAGUCCAGGACCCAUCACGCGGCAUGAAUCCUACGACAGCUUAGCAUCCGACCACAGCGGACAGGAAGAUGAAGAAUGGCUUUCUCAGGUUGAAAUUGUGACUCACACUGGACCUCAUCGGCGGCUGUGGAUGGGCCCGCAGUUCCAGUUCAAGACCAUUCACCCCUCGGGCCAAACAACAGUAAUCUCAUCCAGCUCUUCGGUGCUCCAGUCACAUGGCCCUAACGAUACCCCACAGCCUCUCCUGGACUUUGAUACGGAUGAUCUGGAUCUAAACAGUCUCAGGAUCCAGCCUGUUCGCUCUGAACCCGUUAGCAUGCCGGGGUCAUCAUGGCCAACUUCUGACCGCCGAGGAAUUUCUGUAGCAGCUGAUGCUACCUCAGGUGCCUUUGAUCGGAGCAUGACCCUCCUGGAAGUCUGUGGGAGUUGGCCUGAGAGCUUCGGGCUCCGUCACCUGUCUUCCAUGGAACCAACUGAUGAGGGCCUCCGGGAACGGUUGGCGGAUGCCAUGUCCGAGUCACCCGGUCGGGACAUAGUGGGAUCUGGAACAGAGCUACAGCGAGAAGGAAGCAUCGAGACGCUGAGUAACAGCUCGGGCUCCACUAGCGGAAGCAUUCCACGGACCUUCGAUGGCUACCGAUCUCCCCUCCCGACUAAUGAGAGCCAGCCACUGAGCCUCUUCCCAACAGGCUUCCCAUAAACAAGUCCCUGUGUUCCCAAAGAGGGAAAGAAACCAUAAUUUGAUGCACGGGAUAAACUCUUGAGAUGCAUUUAUCCCAAUGGUUGGCUCCAAUGCCAGACGGUUCUUGAUACCCUAACGCCUGACGUCGUGUCUGCUUACCGCUGCCCUUCCAGAACUGUACGAACAAAAUUCCAAAUUUUCUUCACCGUGCAAUAUAUGAAUGAGACUCUCCUUCUUUAAUCCUAAUAGCUUUCUAGCAUUUAUUCCCCACUGAGUACAGGGGAAAUGGCUACUUUUAAGAAGUAUUUUAAACUACUUGUUUGUUCUUUUAACCAUAAUCUGCUUCCCCCCUCCUCCCGCAUAAACCAUCGGUGGGGAACAUCUUGGCCCUCCAGCUGUCUUUGGACUUCAACUCCCAUCAGCCUCAGCUAGCAAGGCCAGCAACCAGGGAUAAUGAGUGUUGUAGUCCAGGGACAACUGGAGGGGCCAUCGUUUCCCCACCCUUGGCAUAAAGAGACCUGGUCUCUAGACCUGAAUUCACUGCUAGCCCCUCCCCUUUUUUUAACAAUUAGUGCUGCUACCCAUAUCUGGGAAAUGGCAUAAUAAUUCUGAAGAAUGUGGCCCGUAAACUGAGGCUGUCAGCAUGUAACUGCAAACAUAUGAAGCAUUGACAAAUGGAAUAAAGAUGGGGGGAAUUUGAGGGCUAAGAUCCAAUGGGACACAGGUUUCUUUACAAUACUGUUGAUCUUGUUUCUUCAUUCCCCACCAUCAACCCGCCAAGAUGUUAAACUGAUACCAGGAGUAUUAUAAGUUUCUUCUCUCUCUCUCUCUCUUUCGUUCUUGGGAAAUUGAUCUUGACGAUUCCAUGUAUUUUAGAAAUGUAAUUUCAUUUGAUUUACUCAAGUUGGAAAUCACUAUCAUUGGGGCUAUAAUGUCGUUCAUUGGAACUUCUCCUGUCUGUCCAAAAAAAUGCAUGUGAUCUCUAAAUAAAUCACUAUGGUGAAAGGAUCCCCUUU